AUGAAUACUGGAAGGUUUUGUAAAUUAUAUAAAAAAUUACUAACAUUAAAUCCAUCCAAAUAUUCAUACUUAAGUUCUGUACGCAAACAAAGUGGAAGUUUAUACGAACCUGAUUACUUAGAGUCUAUGAAACCUAAAGUACCACUGUACGAGCAAUUAAAUGUGUUUCUGAAAGGAUACGAUUACCCGGUUUUGGAGCAAUAUCAGAAAUUCAUUCACAACAUGUUCAAAAAUAUGGAUUUAGACGUAGAGGACUCCUGGGCAGUGCCUGCGCAGGAUAUGAGCGUGACUGCUUUGAAACCGAAGAGCGAAGUCCUACACGCUCAGUACAAUUUGAAGAUAUACGAAAGGGUCAUUCAGCUAUCGGACGUACUAUCUACACAGUUACCCACGGUUAUUAGAACGAUCGAAGCUAGUCUUCCCGCCGGAGUUUCCGCUGAAAUUCGACCUCAUCAGGAAACCGACGAUGAAAUUCGAUACAUACCCGAUGCGGAAUUGAACACUCUCAAACAGGAAUUAGAAGAUUUAGGCGGACCUUCAACUACUAGGACAAAAAAAUGAUAUAA